CCAUCCGUCAUCUCGAGACGCCACCACGUGCCCACUGAACCGUGGCAAGGAGGCCGCUCGCGUCGGACGCUCUGGACACUGGUAGCCGCGGGCCUGGGGACGUCUGGCCGCCGAGGACGGGUGCGGGCUCUGGGCGUGGGGCUCCUUCCCACCCCCUGUCCCUCACCACCCGCAGGCAGGCUGCUGACCCCGGCCUGGCCACAGCCGCGUCGCCGAGCUGGAGGGGAAGCUGCCUCGCCCUCGAGUUUACCGCCCAGCUGGACGCCCGGGUCUGCCCGGGCCGGCGCGCGAACGUGACGGGCUCUAGGACCCGGGCGCGCUCGGACCCGGGCCGGUGGGGGGCGGAGGCCGGGAGCGCCCCUGAAAGGCUCGGCCGGAGAGCUCUGCCGUCGCCUGGCAACCGCCCUGACGCAACGCAAAAGAAAAAAAAAAAAGUCCCUUUAAAAAAGAAUAGUGCGGAGAAUUCCCAGGAGCACGAGAGGAGAGAGGCGGCAGCCCGCAGAGCCGCGGAGGCCCGGCCGGAGCUGGGCGGCGGGAGCCGGCGCCGGAGGAGGCGGGGGACCUCGGCGACACCCCGGAAGGCGGCUCCGGGCGCCCCCAGGUGUGGAAUGGAAGCUUUGAUUCUGAGCUGAGGUCCAGCCACCGCACACUGAGCUUCCCUGGGAAGAUGGUCCCCAAGAGCCUGUGGGGCAUCAUGCCACCUGCCCUCCCCAGAGAGGCAGGAGCUGUGGUCUGCUCACGCCUCCUGGACUGAUAGAUCUUCCUGGCACGGGCCGUGCCCAGCUUCCUGCUGCCGCCUGCCUCCGCCUGCCUCUGUGAAGCACGUCACCCACAGGAUCCUGGGGCCAGCCACAGACCUGAACCCUGGAGCAGCCGCCCCAGGAGGGGUUCUCUGCUACUCACUGUUCUGUCCCUCUCGGCUCCGUGCCAUCCAGCCUCCAAGAGCAGCUCCCAUCCCAGUGAUGCCCCUGGGAGCCGCGGCCCCACCUGGAUGAGGCCCUUCCAGAGCAGGACCCGCCCUCACCACCCACCGAGCCUGCCACACUGCUCCCUAAUCCCUCCUGUGUCGGGCUGCCCGGGCCAACUUUAGAAUGUCUGUGCCGCAGAUCCAGGUAGAAGAGGUGGGCAGCGAAGAGGGGCCAGCAGCAGUGGUUGGUCCUCCUGACGACCACCUGCGGAGCCUGAAGGCCCUCACUGAGAAACUGCGCCUGGAGACGCGCAGACCCUCCUACCUGGAAUGGCAGGCCAGGCUGGAGGGGCAGACGUGGCCCUUCCCGAGGCCGGCUGCUGCUGAGGAGCAGGAGGGGAGCUUGGAGCCAGGGCAGCGUGGUGGGGAGGAGCCCCUGCUUCCCCCGAGAGAACCCGGGCAGCAUCCCCCACCUGCCGGGAUCAGCAGCCCCGGUGCUGGGGCCCUCGCCCUGGGCAAGCUGGAUGGCUUCCAGAGCAUCGACGAGGCUCUAGCUUGGCUCAGGAAGGAACUGAUGGAGAUGCGGCUGCAGGACCAGCAGCUGGCCCGACAGCUCAUGCGCCUGCGUGGUGACAUCAACAAGCUGAAGAUCGAGCACACGUGCCGCCUGCACAGGAGGAUGCUCAACGACGCCACCUACGGGCUGGAGGAGCGGGACGAGCUGGCCGACCUCUUCUGCGACUCGCCACUGGCUGCCUCCUUCAGCCUCUCCGCGCCUCUCAAGCUCAUUGGUGUCACCAAGAUGAACAUCAACUCCCGGAGGUUCUCUCUCUGCUGAGAAGCCCUGGGAGGGCCGGGCUGGGAGGAAGCCUGGGCCAAGGUACCCCGGAGGGUCUUCCAGAGGCAAGGCUUCCUGCACGGGCGGCUGGGGGGAGGCAGCUCCUCUGGAAUAGUGUUCCCCUGGGGGGCCCAGUUGUGGCCCCAGUGCCUCCCAGGCUGGCUCCUGUUUCCUGCCCAAAGAGUUCUGCAAAAGGGCCACUGCCAGAGGAUGAUAAAGAGAAGCUUGUCCAAGAGCGACCUAUCCCUCAGUGGCCCACAUUCCUGUUUCCUGGAAGCACUGGUGCUGUGAACUGGGAUUCCCAAAGGGGGGCUCCCAAAGCUGUCAUUCUUGCAGAAGGCUCCUCUCCAAGGGCCCUGGGGAGACUGGACACGUCAGACGUGCCUCUCUCCCAUGCUGCUGCUGUCCUCUAAGCAUAGGCUCAAGUUCACCCUGAGUAGGGGACUCAGCAGCCUUGCUAGGAGUCCACCAGGAAAAUAAAAUCUAAAUGAAUAACAAAGUGGCAUUUGGGGACACAGGCUCCAUAGCCAGCAAGUGGUGCCUGGAGAGCCCACGGCUUAAGCUGCCAUCGGCCUUCCACCCUGGCACCAUGCAGCCAUGUGCAUCACCUCCAGCAUGCACUGGGGUAUGUAACAGGUGCACCCUAGCGUAGCCUGGGUGGGGGGAGCACAGGUGCCUCCAUCGCCUCCCCCGACAUGUGCACCAGUCACACCCUGCAAAGGGCCCUUUGCUGUCUCUCCACAUCCCCAGGGGUCCUUUCUAGGAGACCACUGGUGACUGAACCAGGCAGGGCCUGGGCGGGUUUCCCAUGACUGAGUCCUCCUGGAGAGGGUGCAGCACCGGCCUCCUGGCGGGUUCUGAUGGUGUCAGCUACGUCACCAUGUUGCUCUCUCCAGAAAGACAAUCCAGGGAGCCCAGAAGCCUGUGCUGAGUCUCCUCUGAGACCCUGUGCCUGACCGAAACAACUAGUUUUAGUUGAAUAAGACUGUUACUAACAUGUUGCUAACUUGUCAAUAAAUGUUUGGUUUUUGUCCAAAGGGGGAAGCCAGCUGGGUAGGCCAGAUGCAGAGUGUCGAGUUUGAUGCUAAGAGUUUCCUCCUGUCAGGUGUAAGGUCAGGGAGUUCGUCUGGAUGACACUCAAUGGUGGUUCCCCCGCAGCCUGCUGGAGUCCUCUGCCCAGAAGUUCUUUUCACCUUUGAUAUCCUCUAGCUGGGCCUUCUUGUUAGUAAAGGAGUGUUAGGAAACCUGAGGAAGGAGGGUGACUCCUCUGGGCUGCAAAGAUGUUUAGUGGUGUGGAUAUUGAUGUGUGAAACCAUUGUCAGUGAGGCCUAGACGGGUCAUGUGUCAGUGAAUUGAGCUCCAAAGGUGGUCCUGAUGCUUUGCCAAACCCCACACACUGCCAACCCCUCCACACUUCACCUUAUUUGCAACCACCAAACCUCCCAACCUCUUUCAAUUCAGAAUAUUUGGGGCACCUGGUCCAUGGGCCCACAGGGUCCCAUGGUGUGAGCAUGCUGUCUGGCUGGUCUGUCCCCUUCCCGAGUGCAUGUCCAGGCACACUGUGAGCUACACAGAGGAGGGAUUGCUUCUCCUUAGUGUGUUAAGAGUGGGAAGAUAGCAACUCAUGGUCCCCAUAGACAGUCUCCUUGUAAUUUCAAAGAGCCUGAGUGUUUAUGCUUCCUUCAGAGAAGGCAGAAUAAUGUAGCCCAGAUCGUCCAUCCACCCUAUUCUGUGUACUGAGGCCCAGAGCUAUACACAUGCGCUGUCAAGGCCGGAAAAGAUGCCCCUUUCCUGCUGGCCUCUUCCCAACGCGCCCCUGAGAUCUUGGGUUACACAUACCUACCUGUUCACAUCGGCAGAAUACGCCCUUGAACCCAUGCAGGUGUGCCCAUCCCAUAUUCUGAAAAAAUGCCAAUCUGAGGUGUUUUGUCUUUUUAGAAAUCAGUCAGUAUAGUAACAGAAACAACUGUAUUUAAAGCUGGAAGGUUUUGUUGACUGUGGUCCAUCUAAUUGAAUUGGACGCAACUGAGCGAUUUAUCAGCUCAGGUAAGCCACCCUAGCUUGCUUGCUUUGCUCUUGAAGAGGAAACUAAGAUAAGACACGUUUUGGGAUAGGUUCUGUGUACUCGGCUAUUUUGCUCAGUUCACCCCAAGAGAAUGUGAUUAGGGGAUGAGGAGGAGAAAGAGAAGGAGGUGAUCAGAGAAGAGAAGCUGGGAAGCAGGGGGGGAAGGCAGCUGUGUCCAGUGGCUGGUGUCCGUCAGCUCCCUGACCUUCCACAGUAAACACCACUGACCACACUGAUUCAGCUUUGUGAAGUCGCUGCUCUGUGUGGGUUGGCCCAGCCUCCACCACCACGUGUACAUGACCCUGUUUCCAUUCCUACCCAUUGUUCAUCCAUCUCUCUGCCGUCCCCAAGCUUCCCGGCUGUAAAACACGAAGUCCCCCACUGCCGCUGUCUCGAGUGGGCCCGCCUCAUGCCUUCAUGGGCUCCGCAGCCAUCACAGAGGCCUACAGGGCCUGGGCAGGUGUGACCUGGCCCGGCUGAGCCCGAGACCCACCCCCUGUAGCAAGACCAAGUGCUAUUACAUAAUCAACAGUUUAUACUUUUAUUUUUUAUGAUUAUUUGUUUCUAUAUUGCUGUUAGAAAAAAGUGAAAUAAAAAUACUUUAAAAGAAGAUA